AUGGAAAGUUCACACUGGCAAGGAAUUCGCUUUUGUGACACCUCCAAGUCUUUGAACGAGAAUGAAAGAACAGGAAUUAUUGAGCGAAUAUGGUACUCGGAAAAGAAACUCGAGCCUGGAGACACAUUUGGCUAUUUCGAGUUCCUUCGACGAGAACAGCUUAUUCGAGACAUCAUCUACAGCAACGCCAACGCGAGUCGUACCAAUCUCUGGGCAAAGGUUCGAGUUGUGUUACCUGUCUCGAUUCCCGAUGAUGAGAUUGACAGAAUCAUCACCAUAAUGAUCAGAUUGUUCCUCAUGAUCAGGGUCAAAUUCUGCGACAGCCGUGUAUAUGUUCCGCCGAAUCAACUCCCGUUCCUACGGAAUCAAAGCCUUUUUGACGUUUUGAAGAACUUUCAGAACGGUCGCCUGUUGAGCGAUUUCAACAUGGCCGAUCGCUACCCCCUAUGGUUCAAUGCCGUUGACCUCGAGAAGAAAGCUGGCCUGGAAAUCGGCUGGACCGAUUACAUUACUGAGCAUCUCACAAUUCAGGGAAAAAUGGUACUUCUAUUCCGCCACAUUGAAGCCCUCAAAUAUUUAGAGCAAUCUGAAGCCAUGACGUUAGAGCUCUUCAGCCGGAAUUUCAUAACCGAAACAAUGUGCUCUAUACUGCUAUUCUUCCCAACGAAGAACGGAGGUCCUGUUACCCUUCAAGAUUACAACAAACGGUUCCUAAGCCAGGAAGAUCCUGAAAGUUGCCUGACUCGUCUCAUAAAUAAAGACUCGUGGGAAGUGAAGGAGGUUACUCGACUGUUCCAGGAUUAUCCAGUCUGGCACCAGAGACUGGCAUACAUACUGGAGAUCGCCAAGAAUCCGACCGAUUGGAGCUUCAAGCGACUGUGGUACGAUGACAGAGAAGAGUCUCUGUGGUGGGCCAGAUGGGCCUUGAUAACGGCUGUGUUCCUGGCGAUCAUCUUCGGGCUGAUACAGUCAAUAACAGGAAUUAUUCAGGUCAUAGGGUGUUUGAACUUGGUUUCGGCUUACCCUGGUCUUGAGGACCCUGGAAAUACGUCAGACGUUAACAUGGGAGCAUUUGAUGCCGAAGGAAUAACGGGGCAUACCUCUGGUUAA